AUGGCUAUCCAGUUACAGCCCCCAUUAGCAACAACUUCCGAACUGGUCACCCUCCUGGACACGUUCGAACGCUUCUGGGUUCCCCAGUCCAAAAAUCGUCAGUCACAACAGAGCACCCGCUCUGGCACCAACUCCAAUUCAACCGGUCCUCAACUUUCAGAGCCGCCUGCAAGAAAUCACUUUACGCGUGCAAGGCCCCUAUCAACAGUUCCACCUGCGGCAGUGGAGACGGGGCCAUGA